AUGGUAAUGGCUUUUUCUUCAUUGUGGGUUCUGUUGCUUUUGUUGAGUUUCACAAGAUCUGGUUUUGUUCUUUUAUGGUCCUGCUCCUAGUGUGUAAUGUACUGAGUUUUGGGUUUCUCUUUGGGUAUCUUUCUUUGCUGUUGUUGUUUCAGUGAUUUGGAAUUUGGGGAAAGAAGGGAAAAGAAGAACUAUGGAAGCUAAAAUGAUUUUCAUGGUUACUAGUUUGGUAGUCUUGUUGAGUUCUUCAUCUACAAAUGGUAAGAGUCCUCCAUCUCCGGUACUCCCCCUGACGUCGGUACCGGCUCCGGCACCGGCGCCAGAUUAUGUCAACCUCACCGAUCUAUUAACUGUAGCUGGACCAUUCUCCAAAUUCCUCAGCUUACUUGAAUCAACCAAUGUGAUCAAAACAUUCCAAGAUCAAGCCAACAACACUGAACAGGGAAUAACUAUCUUUGUACCUAAGGAUUCAGCCUUCUCAUCUCUUAAAAAGCCUUCUCUAUCCAAUCUGACCCAAGAUCAGAAAAAAUCACUAGCCCUUUUCCAUGGUUUGUCCCAAUACUACACUCUAGCUGCAUUCACUAACCUGAGCCAAUCAAGCCCUGUAACUACAAUGGCAGGAGGACAGUUCACUUUGAAUUUCACAGAUAUCUCAGGAACAGCUCUACUUAGCUCAGGAUGGACUGAUACCAAGGUGAGCAGCAGUGUACAUUCUACAAACCCUGUUGCAGUGUAUCAGGUUGACAAGGUUCUCCUUCCUGAAGCAAUCUUUGGUGUAGCCCCUCCCCAAGCCCCAGCUCCUGCUCCUACUCCU